AUGGAUAUGGAUGCUCUCGUCGACCAAGUUGGCCAGGCCAUGAAGGUGUCCAAGCCGGAUGCCUCCGACUCACAGCCGCAGAGCGAGGCGACGAUGCCUGAGCUGCCGCUGGCUCAUGCCAUCGCCAAGACGAGCCAGGGAAUGACGGUUGACGAAGUCGUGGCGGAAAUCAAGAGGACGCCGCUGUUCAUGACGGAUCUGGACGACGCGGAUCCCGACAACGUCGACAUCGCGGCGCUGCAGGCCCUCGCCUACGAGGGAACGCCGCUGGAGAACGGCAGCGACUUCAAGGAUCGCGGGAACGAGUGUUUCAAGACCAAGGGCUACGGGGACGCCAAGGAGUUCUACACCAAGGGCAUCAACAUCCUCUUCCUCGAGGAGCGCAAGCGCACGCGCGGCGAGGUGACGACCAACCCCGAGGGCGAGCCCGACUCGGACGAGGAGAUGGCCAAGCAGCGCGAGAUGCUCGAGGCCCUCUACGUCAACCGCGCCGCCUGCCAUCUCGCCCUCAGCAACUAUCGCAGCUGCUGGACCGACUGCGCCGCCGCCAUCCGCCUCAACCCACGCAAUGUCAAGGCGCACUACCGCAGCGCCCGCGCGCUGCUGGCCGUGGACCGCAUCGCCGAGGCCGACGACGUGUGCGCGCGGGGCCUGGCCCUGGACGAGAACAACGCAGGCCUGAAGGCCGUGGCCGAAGACCUCGUCAAGCGCGCCAAGCAGCUCGACUCGCAGCGCAAGAUUGUCGCCGAGCGCGAGGCCCGCGUGAAGCGCCGCGCGCUGCUCCUCAAGGCCGCGCUGCGUGCGCGCGGCAUCCCGACUCGCACGACGGCCCAGCCGCCGGAGAUGGAGGACGCCAAGCUGGAGCUGGUUCCGGACCAGGACGACCCGCGCAGCACGCUGUCGUUCCCCGCCGUGCUGCUGUACCCGCUGCACCUCGAGUCGGACUUCAUCAAGGCCUUCAACGAGACGCAGUCGCUCGACGACCACCUGUCGUACGUGUUCCCGCUGCCCUGGGACCGCGAGCGUGAGUACACUCCCGCCGGAGUCGAAUGCUACGUCGAGACUCGCGAGGGCGGUCUGCUCAAGAUGGGCAAGCGCGUGUCGCUCCUCAAGGUGCUGGGAACGGGCAAGGUCGAGGUUGUAGACGAGGUGGUGCGCAUCUUUGUGGUGCCGCGGGCGAAGGCCGAGGCGUGGGUAAAGGAGCACAAGGCCAAGAGGGCGAGAGAGAAGGGCGAGGAGGAUCAGGCGAACUAA